GCGAUUUGUUCGACGGCGCCAAGUACUAAACAGCGGGACGGCCACGGUGUGCUGUAGCGUCAGUUUCCAUUUGGUCCGCCACGUGAUCACACAGAGUCUCAUGGAGCACGUCCGAGCGAUCGAGGUCGGUCUUGUCGUCCUCACAGCAGCCCAGUCGGUGCUCGCACAAGUCGAGUCGGCGGCCGAGGUCGGCCGGUACAUCAUCACCGUCGUCCUCGUUGGCGUCCUUGCAUUCCACGUGGCGCGCGGCGUCCUUGUACCUGGCUACGCGCUCAUGAUCCUCAACACAGUCCUCCUCUUUGGGUCGUUCUCGGUCAAGUACAUCGUCAUUGCCCAAGCGCUCUUGUGGGUCUGCCUAGCGCUUGGCGUCUACCUCUUUCCGCUGCCCGCCUUUCCCAAAAUCACUUCUACCUACCUCAACGUUGGCUGCGUCACCGAGCGCCUCGAAGACCUCGACGUCCGCAUCUUCUACCCGUCGCCGGCACCCACAACGUCGAGCAGCAAGCGCGUCUUCCUCCCGUACUUGCACCACGGCAAGCACUUGGCCAUCGGGCUGAGUAUCUUUGCCAAGAUCCCGGCGUUCAUUUUCUCACACUUCAAGAACGCCUGGCUGCAUGCAGUCGUGGAUGUCCCGCUGCUCCCGCCGCCGUCCGCAAACGGGUGGCCGGUUAUUGUCUUUAGCCACGGGCUCGGCGGGACCCUCGAGAUGUACGCCGUGCUCCACGAGCAACUCGCGAGCCAAGGCUAUGUUGUGUUUGCACUCAACCACAACGACGGGUCAUCAUCCGUGAAUCGACUUGUUGAUUCGACCGGACGUGUGACGUACGACUACUACCACCCGCUCCCGCCCGAGGCCGCAAAGGACUGGGACAAUGUCGAGUACAAGAUCCGCAACAGCCAACUGCAGCAACGUGUGGCCAACGUGCAGAGCAUGAUCAACGCUGUAGAGAUGGUGCAAGCCGAUUCAACCAGUGUCUUUUACCAAAAGCUCAACCUCGACGGGAUCGGUCUCGUGGGCCACUCGUUUGGUGGGGCGACCGUCAUGACGGCGGCGACCCGGGACGACCGCGUCAAAGCGGUUGUGGCUAUGGACGUAUGGAUGGCACCGCUUGAUAAGGACGUGGUGCUCGAGGGCCCGCGUCUUCCGGUGUUUCAUCUGAUCUCGGAGCAGUGGGUCAACUGGACGACGCACAUGGAGACGCUCUCGAAGAAUGUGUCGGCGGCCACGCACCCCGACACGCAGCUCUAUUCGAUCAAAGACUCGCGCCACAACAACUUUUCGGACCUCGGGCUCUUCUCGCCGAAAAUCAGCCAACUCGCCCGAGCCGCCGGCAAGAUCGAUGUGACAUAUGUACUUGAAGUCAUUGCUGACGUCACGGGCGCGUAUUUGAAGCCGCACUUGGACCUUGGCGACGCUCCGUCCUGGACAAAGCUCGAAGCCAAAUACCCUGAACUCUCCAAUAUGCGCCAGCGCACCGACAUGUCGACGGACGGAUACCAGACCUUUGCGUCGCCCAAACACACUGCAAGUCUCUAAUGCAGUAUUAGACCAGUGUAGUGAAUGACUCUUUGCUUCAUGA